AUGAAGUCUGUUGCCCUCUUGACAGCCUCCGUGCUGCUGGGCAGUGCCUCUGCUGAGGUCCACAAGCUCAAGCUCAACAAGGUUCCUCUCAGCGAGCAACUGGAUACCCACAACAUCGAUGCCCACGUCCACGCUUUGGGCCAGAAGUACAUGGGCAUCCGCCCUAACAAGCACCAGGAUAUGAUGUUCCAGGAUACUUCUAUCAAGCCCCAGGCUGGCCAUGAUGUUCUGGUCGACAACUUCCUGAACGCGCAGUACUUCUCAGAGAUUAAUAUCGGUACUCCUCCUCAGACUUUCAAGGUUGUCCUCGACACUGGUAGCUCCAACCUGUGGGUCCCGUCAUCGGAGUGCGGCUCGAUCGCCUGCUAUCUCCACAACAAGUAUGACUCGUCCGAGUCUAGCACUUACAAGAAGAACGGCACCGAGUUUGCCAUCCAAUAUGGAUCUGGCAGCCUCAGUGGUUUCGUCUCCCAGGACACUGUCCAGAUCGGAGAUCUGAAGAUUGCUAAACAAGACUUUGCUGAGGCUACCAGCGAGCCUGGUCUGGCCUUUGCUUUCGGUCGUUUCGAUGGUAUCCUUGGUCUUGGAUACGACACUAUCUCCGUCAACAAGAUGGUUCCCCCCGUCUACAACAUGAUCAACCAGAGUCUUCUGGACGAGCCUGUUUUUGCCUUCUACCUGGGCAAUGCCAACAAUGAGGGCGACAGCUCCGAGGCCACCUUCGGUGGUGUAGACAAAAGCCACUACACUGGUGAGGUUACCACUAUUCCUCUUCGCCGCAAGGCUUACUGGGAGGUCGAGUUUAACGCCAUCGCUCUUGGCGACAACAAGGCUGAGCUGGAUAACACCGGUAUCAUCCUCGACACCGGUACUUCGCUCAUCGCUCUGCCCUCCACUAUGGCCGAGCUACUGAACAAGGAGAUUGGAGCAACAAAGGGCUUCACUGGGCAGUACAGCGUUGAUUGUGCCACUGUUGACUCCCUGCCUGACCUGACCUUCACUCUUAGCGGCCACGAUUUCACCAUUGGUCCCCACGACUACAUCCUGGAGGUCCAGGGCUCCUGCAUCAGCAGCUUCAUGGGUAUGGACUUCCCCGAGCCCGUUGGCCCCCUUGCCAUUCUUGGAGAUUCUUUCCUGCGCAGGUGGUACUCUAUCUAUGAUGUUGGCAAAGGCACCGUUGGCUUGGCCAAGGCCAAAUAG